UAUUUGCAACAUUGGUUGCAUAAAGAAGUAUUGCAGUGGAUAAAUCUUUCAGUUUAGGGAAUGAAGCAUUUUUAAAAUCAAAAUUGGCCAAUGUAUUGAUGUGGAAUUAUUCAUUUAUCCACAUGUGUUAUCUCUAAUUUGUUUUUCUUGUCCCUUUCUUUUCUGGCUUGGUGUUGCAGUUUAUACAUUGCAUUAACUCUUAUAUUCUGAUUUGUCAUAGCAUGUGAGGUAAGCUAGUGAGAUUUCCCUAAAAACUAAAGUGUACUUUUCUGAUUUUUCUUCAUCAGUUAUAAUCAGUUCCUUCUAGUCCCUGUCUUCCCCUUUCCUUCUUUUUUCUUUCUUUUGCUUUCUCAAGUUUAUUUUUUUUAAUCUCACCUUUAUUAUUGCUUUCCUUCCUGCAUCUUCUUUUCCACCUUUUUAUUCCUUCAGGGAAAACAGUGUCACUGAUAAUAGACUAUUGGGAGAAUGGGAAAAAGUGUUUUUCUGACCAGUGGCAACAGUGAUAAAAGCAGCCACACUAAAUUGACAUUUCAAUAAAUAUCUCCGCUUGCUAAGGUGACCCUAUCCAGAAGCCGAAUGAUGGAUCCUCCAGACGCUAGAUGCUGGGUUGUAUCUGGUUUAUUUUCCCCACUACAAGGUGGCUAUUCGUCAAUGCCAGUGACCAAAGUCGGUGCUGAGAACUUCCGCCUCUCAGCGCCCUUUUCUAGCCUCCGCCAAACAUAUCCAUCACCCAGGUGGCCGCGCUUAACAGCUGUUUGGCAGUUUGAUGCACAUGCACCGCCUGUCCUGACAUCAGUAGGGAUUGCUGGGAUUCCCAGCCGCCUGCAGUCUGCCGCCAUUGCUGCCACCGAGCUCACCAUGUCCACGGUACUUACGUCUCUCACCACUUGUCGCAACUCCCACCACCACCAUCACCCAUGCCCACACCCUAGCUCUAUGCGUCAUCCCAUGAGCUCUCGCCGUCCUCGGUUUGUGCGCUCCCUCUCGCAUUCAUGUGUUGAGCCCAGACCAAGGCUCAACAGGUGCCCCACUCUACCAGGAGUCCACCUUUAAGGGACAAAAUGGAGAGGUUAAUGUUAUCUGCGUGGGCAUGGGGAGAGCCCCUGUUUAUAUGGGUAUUUGCGGUGAAACCGCCAUAGCAGGCUUGGGCCAUUGAAGUCACCCUUCUCCCAUGAAGCAUCCGUGUAUGGGUAUCCUUUCCAGGGUACGAGAUACUGGACCCUUCCUCUAUAAAACCUGGAAUCAAGUAUUUUAUCUAUCUUGUAAUGGUCAUUGGUUACGGGCCCUGGCACAUUAGCGGAGGCCCUAAUAGCCUCUACUGGUUUCAGUAGGCUACUAUGGAAGACAGGGUGUACCUUCCCCAACAGGAGUGGCAGCUUCAGGGCUACAGUCACAAGUUUAAUAACUUUGGUUACAGUAAACGGUUCAACAUAUUUGGGUCCCAAUUUUUUGUUGGGUGUCCAUAAUUUGAGAUAUUUAGUGGUUAGAUACAUCUGGUCCCCCACCUGGAAAGGUUUGUGGUCAGCCCUCUUUUUAUUGGCUUGCCAUUUGUAUUCAUCGGCUGCUUUCUGUAGCGCUAUUUUGACUUGUGGCCAAACCUCUCAUUUUAUCUGGCCACUCAUUCAGCAAAUGGCAGAAGAUUGGACCAGUCUGUUUGUUGAUAUGAAAUGUAACAACUCAAGUAGCGUUCCACCAUAGCAUUAGAAUGCUACUUUCAGCUGUUCUGUUGGUGCUAGGGUUUAUUGCAGUGGUUCUCAACCUGUGGGUCGCGACCCCGUCGGGGGUCGAAUGACGAUUUGCCAGGGGUUGCCUAAGACCAUCGGAAAUAUGGAAAGUAUACUUGCGAGUCGAAGAAUCGCGCUGCAAUGGUUGACUCUACAAGCCAGCUGCAGGCUCUUCAAAUCGCUAGCUGAAUUCGGCUUCAGGUGCGAUGAAUUAAAAAAGAGAGAAAUCUUUGCUCUGAUGUCUCCCUCUCAAGCCAGCUGCAAUCACUCCCAAUCACUAGCCUAAUCUGGCUUCAGGCGUGAUAAACUUAAUAGGGGAGGAGUCUCCGCUUUAAUGCCUUCGUCCUCAAGGCAAUCGCAAGCAGUUCAGAUUGCUAGCCAAUAUGGCUUCAGGCGCGAUAAAUUCAAAAAAACAGUUUGUUGCUUUUUUCCCCCUUCGGCUCCUGAGGCGCGCUGAGAUCGCUGCCUAAAAAAAAAUAAUUUUACGGUUGGGGUCGCCACAUCGAGGGGAAUUGUAUUAAAGGGGUCGCAGCACUAUAAAGGUUGAGAACCACUGGUUUAUCGCCUCAGUUCUUCAAUCUCUUUCGGGAUCAUCGAGUACAUAUGCUUUGCUUUGGCAGUUUAGUUCCAGGUAUUAGCUCGAUAGUGCAAUCAGUGGAGUGAUGAGGUGGUAAGACCUCACACUCCUCCUCACUAAAGACACUUGCCAAAUCCCCGUAUAAAACUGGGAACUCCUCUUGCUCUUGCUGUAUAUCUCCCUCUGCUCCUUUCACCUGGUUCCGGAUUGGUGGCUCAGGACCAACAACAGUCUCAACUUCCGGAACCCCCCUUCCCACCAGAUGGUGGGCUCCCAAAGGAGAGGAAGGAAGGACCACAAACCUGGCACUAGAUACAGCUUCAGAGGAUACCGUGAAAGAGCACAGCAAUCCAGGGCUUGAAGGGACCUGGAGGUCAUCUAGUCGAACCCCCUGCUCCAGCAGGACAUUGUUAAAGCAGGCUGUUAAGCUGUCAAUACGCAGCUGAACAGCAUGCAGUCCUUUCGGGAGCAGAACAGUUACCACGGAAACCAACAGAACUACCCACAGGAAGUACAUGGUGCAUCCCGGCUAGAGGAAUUUAGCACUCGCCAGCAAGCUCAGAUGUUUCAGAGCUUUGGAGGAGGUGGCAGCACUAGUGGACGGCGUGAAGCAACAGGAAACUCUGCAUCUAUGGGCAGUGAAAGCUCUGGACAUCAGAGUUAUCAAGGUUUUAGAAAAGAAGCAGGAGAAUUCUAUUAUAUGGCUUCCAGCAAGGAUCCUGCAGCAGCAGGACAACAGCUUCCUCAGCGUAGGCCUUCUGGACCAGUACAAAGCUAUGGACCACCCCAAGGUAGCAGCUUUGGGAGUCAGUAUGGAAGUGAAAGUCACGUGAACCAGUUUCAAACACAACACUCAUCACUUAGUGGAGUAACACAUUAUCAGCAGGACUAUACUGGUCCUUUCUCCCCUGGCACUGCUCAGUACCAGCAGCCGACAUCUAGCCAACAACAGCAACAAGUGCAGCAAAUGAGGCAGCAGCUCUAUCAAUCUCAUCAGCCUUUACCACAGGCCUCUAACCAAUCUGCCUCUAACACACCUCAUUUGCAGUCAAUUCAACGCCCUUCAAAUCUGCCUUCAUCUACUUCUAGCUAUCCAUUAAGAAUAGGUCAGUAUAGUCAGCACUAUCAGCCUCCUGUUUCUUCCUCUUCUUCAUUUCCUUCUCCUCAACGGUUUGGUCAAUCUGGACAGAACUAUGAUGGUAAUUAUACUGUGAAUGCUGGUUCACAGUAUGAAGGACAUGCUGUUGGUUCAAGUGCACAAGCUUAUGGGACUCAGUCAAAUUACAGCUUUCAGACACAGCCAAUGAAAAACUUUGAGCAGUCAAAGUUGACCCAAGGGAGUCAACAGGCACAAGGACAGGGACAACAGUCACAACAACAACAGACUCCUUCGCAACAUGUAAUGCAGUAUUCAAAUACUGCUUCCAAACUGUCUCUUCAAAGUCAAGUGGGGCAGUACAAUCAAGCUGAGGUCCCUGUAAGAUCACCCAUGCAGUUCCAUCAGAAUUUUAGUCCUAUAUCUAACCCGUCACCAGCUGCCUCUGUGGUUCAGUCUCCAAGCUGCAGUUCCACACCAUCUCCUCUCAUGCCAAGUGGUGAGAAUCUUCAAUGUGGACAAAGCAACAUUCCAGUAACAUCUAGAAACCGCAUUUUACAAAUGAUGCCUCAGCUUAGUCCAACACCAUCCAUGAUGCCAAGCCCCAGUGCUCAGGGUGCAGGAUUCAAAGGAUUUGGGCUUGAAGGCUUGCAAGAAAAAAGACUUACAGAUCCAGGACUAAGCAGUUUAAGUGCCCUGAGUAGUCAAGUAGCUAAUCUUCCCAAUACAGUUCAGCACAUGUUACUCUCAGAUGCUUUGGUGCCUCAGAAGAAAAGCUCAAAAAAAUCAUCAAAAAAAUCAGAGAGCUGCACAAACUCAGAAGGUUCCUCUCAAGCAGAAGAACAGCUUAAGUCUCCACUAGCAGAGUCCAUUGAUGGUGGCUGUUCCAGUAGUUCAGAAGAUCAAGGAGAAAGGGUGAGACAAUUGAGUGGUCAGAGCACCAGUUCUGACACCACUUAUAAAGGGGGUAAUUUAGAGAAAUCUCAGUCAUCACCAGCACCGCUAUCUCAAAAUGAACCUGCAAAAAUCACUACCAGCUCUGCAGUUGAGGAAGAAGCGGCCUCCCCUGCUGAUGAAAAAGAAGCUUUGAUUUCUGUGGAGGUCCCCCCAAAGAUCAAUGAAAAGACAGUUGGCGUGAUAGUCUCCAGAGAAGCUAUGUCAGGAAGAGUGGAAAAAUCAAGUGGACAAGACAAACCCCAACAAGAUGAUGCUUCUACAAGUGCUCAAGCAUUGCCUUCUGCCUCUGCAGUGAAAGAAACUAGUCUUGUAGGAGCUCAGCAAGAGUCACAAGGCGGAAAUAAGGGAAGCAGAACUGGGGACAGCAGCACUAAUCAUAAUGAAGAUGGAAACAAUCCACCUGGUCAUGCUGCUAUUGGCUCUAGUUUUUCAAGCAGAACAGAACCUUCUAAAUCCCCUGGUAGUUUGAGGUACAGCUUCAAAGAUAGUAUUGGGGUUAAUAUGCAAAGAACUUCUGGUAGCUUUUCACAAUAUCCUUCAGGUCAGGAUAAAGGGGAGUUUUCAGUGCAUAGUGAGCGAAAGGGCAGGAAUGAAAAAUUUCCCAGUCUAUUGCAGGAAGUUCUACAAGGCUAUCAUCAUCAUCCUGACAGAAGAUAUUCUAGAAAUGCCCAAGAUCAGCAUGGAAUCAGUGGAAGUUUAGAAAGUAGCAUGAGACCCAAUGUUCUGGUUAAUCAAACAAAUGAACUAAGUAACAGAGGCCUUUUAAAUAAAAGUAUUGGAUCUCUUAUGGAAGGUUCACAUUGGGGACACUGGGAUAGAAAAUUAAGUGGCAAUACAGCUGAGAUGAAACAGAUAAAUUUGGUAGAUUAUCCUAUACCUAGAAAGUUUGACUUAGAGUCUACAGCUCAUGAAGCUGGAGGAGUCUCUGAGAGAAGAUCCGUUAUUUGUGAUAUAUCACCUUUGAGGCAGAUUGCUAGAGAUUCUGGGCCACAUUCUGGAGGGCAUAUGAGUUCUGAUGGCAGGAGUGGAAGAAGUGACCGUCUGACUUCUGGUUUAAAUCAGUCAGUCAUCCUCCCUGGUGGCCUCGUAGCUAUAGAAGCCAAGCUAAAGUCUCAUAGUGGGCAGAUUAAAGAGGAGGAUUUUGAACCUAAGACCUCUGCCAACAUCAACAACAAAAAAUCAGGAGAUCAUUGUCACCAUGCCAGUUUUAAACAUGAAUCUUACCGAGGGAAUGCUAGUCCUGGAGCUGCAACACUUGAUUCUACAUCAGACUACCUGUUACAACAGGAUAACCGAACAACACAGAUGAGACGAGGACCUAGCAGAAUAGGAAGCAGUCGGGAAGGAAUGAGAGGUAAAUCUCCCUCUCAAUUUCAUGAUCUGGCAGAUAAAUUAAAGAUGUCACCUGGAAGAAACAGAGGCCCAGGGACAGAUCUUCACCAGAUGAAUCCACAUAUGGUGCUUUCUGACAGGGUCAACCGGAGUUCCUUACAUACUUCUUUCUCUUCAAAUUCUGAAAGUUCAUCUUUGGCUUCAGCAUAUCAUGGUAAUUCCCGAUCCCACGUUUAUGGUGAUCCUAAUCAAGGACUGAAUUCCCAGUAUCACUAUAAAAGACAGUUAUACCAUCAACAGCAAGAGGAUUAUAAAGAUUGGAGUAGUAGCUCUGCUCAGGGUGUGAUUGCUGCAGCUCAGCAUAGGCAGGAAACAGCUAGAAAGAGCCCAAGACAGCAACAAUUCCUAGAUAGAGUAAGGAGUCCUUUAAAAAAUGACAAGGAGGGAAUGAUAUAUCUCCAUUCUGGUUCUUACCAUGAUGUGGGGUGCCAAGAAACCAGCCGUUGUUUGUUGGGGAGUGAAAGCACUCUGCAGAAUAAGUGUGUGGAAAUUAAACACAUAAAUCAAAAGAUUCAACAACAUGAAUCGGGUUGGGAUCUUUCCCGUCAGUUAACCCCUGGAAAGAACAGUGGCUCUCUAGGGACAACAAGUCAGAAGAGAUUUAUUUCACAAAAUAGUGAUACACAUAGGCGUGAUGAUGUUGGUGAUGUACUUAAAUCUGCCAAUGCCAUGGUAAGAAUUCCAGGCCAAGAAGAUCAAUCUCCUCAAAAUCCUUUAAUAAUGAGAAGGCGAGUCCGCUCAUUCAUUUCUCCUAUUCCAAGCAAGAGGCAGCUGCAGGAAAUGAAAACCAGUGGGAUUGAUGACAAAGGACGCAUACUCCCUUCAUCAAAGGAUGGAGUUGAUAAAACUCUCAAUUCUUAUGCCCAUUCCUCUCAAAACCAAGAUGUUGGCAGAUCAUUCUCAAAAGGAGAAUCAUCUAAGAAUCUUCCAAGUCCUGAUAAUAGAAACUGUUCUGGUGUUUCCAUCACAAGCCCAGCUAAAACAAAAAUUCUUCCCCCACGAAAGGGUCGUGGAUUAAAGUUGGAAGCUAUUGUUCAAAAAAUCACCUCUCCCAGUGUUAGGAGAAGUGCAUCUUCAAAUUGUGCUGAGGCUGGUGCAGAUGCAGUCACUCUUGAUGACAUUCUGUCUCUGAAGAGUGGCCGCCCAGACAGUGGGAAUGUGGCCAAUCAUGAAAUAGGAGAAGAAAAUAUAAAAGUUGAAGUGUUAGAUCGAGAAAAUCAAGUACUGACCAAUGAAAUUUCUCGGACAAUAUCUUCUGAAGAUUGGCGUGAUGAUGGAGAUGAGAUUGUGAAAAAAGAGAUUUCUGAACAUGUCACUGUUGGCAAGGAUGGUUCAGUGCCUGUCUUGAUUCCAGCAUCUUCGCAGAAAUCUGUUGGGCAAGUAAGAAUAGAUGGAUCUGUAAAUUUUGCUGAAUCAAAAUCAAUUCCGCCAACCAAUAUUUUGGCUCCUGAAACAAGCGUAAAGCCAGAAGAAAAAGAUGGAGGUAUCAUUAUGACACCCAAGUCAGAUCCCUUUCCUCCAAAGGGAUAUUUUCCUUCUGGUAAGAAGAAGGGAAGACCUAUCGGUAGUGUAAACAAACAAAAGAAGCAGCAACAAUUACCGCUUCUAUUAGUGCCAGAAGCAGUGCAGCUAUCAGAGGAGACAGUAGACAGUGAACCAAAACCUAAAAGACAGCGAAGGGAGAGGAGGAAAACUACAACACAACCACGAAAGCGGAAACCAAGACGAGCUGCUCCCAUUGUGGAGCCUCAAGAACCAGAAAUCAAACUAAAAUAUGCUAUUCAGUCUCUUGAUAAAACUGAUACUAGGAAUAAAUCUUUUUUCCCAUACAUUCAUGUGGUAAACAAAUGCGAGCUAGGUGCUGUAUGCACAAUAAUUAAUGCAGAAGAAGAAGAGCAGAAUAAAUUGAUGAGGGGUCGAAAAGGACAGAGGUCAUCAACACCACCUCCUAGCAACGUUGAGAGUAAAGUACUGCCUACUUCCUCUUUUAUGCUACAAGGUCCUGUUGUAACAGAGUCAUCUGUUAUGGGCCAUCUUGUUUGUUGCCUUUGCGGCAAAUGGGCCAGCUACCGCAACAUGGGUGAUCUCUUUGGACCUUUCUACCCACAAGAUUAUGCAGCCACACUGCCCAAGAAUCCCCCUCCUAAGAAGUCCACAGAGAUGCAAAACAAGAUCAAAGUACGACAUAAAAGUCUGUCUAAUGGUUCCAAGACUGACACAGAGGAAGAAGAGGAGGAACAAGAGCAAAAAGAACAGAGAAGCCUGGCUGCCCACCCACGUUUUAAAAGACGACAUCGCUCUGAGGACUGUGCUGGGACUUCUCGGUCACUUUCAAGAGGCACUGCUUGUAAAAAAGCAGCCACUGAGGGUGGCAGUGUUGGUGAAAAUACUUCUUCAGACUCUAAACCCCCCAUACCUACUUCUGAAGGUGGUCCUGAGUUGGAGCUACAAAUUCCUGAACUACCUCUUGAUAGCAAUGAAUUUUGGGUCCAUGAGGGCUGUAUUCUCUGGGCCAAUGGGAUUUACCUAGUUUGUGGCAGGCUUUAUGGGCUGCAAGAAGCUGUGGAAAUAGCUAAAGAGAUGAAAUGUUCUCAUUGCCAGGAACCAGGAGCCACCUUAGGCUGCUACAACAAAGGCUGCUCCUUCCGGUAUCAUUAUCCAUGUGCCAUUGAUGCAGAUUGUUUACUAAAUGAAGAUAAUUUCUCAGUGAGGUGCCCCAAGCACAAGCCCCCCCUCCCUUGCUCUCUUCCCCCCUUGCAGAACAAGAUGGUGAAAGGCAGCUUCAGCACAGAGCAGUCGGAGCGGGGGUGAGGGGGGAAAUGUGUUCGUGGGAAUGAAAAUAAAGGCAAGCACAGGUUAGGCUGUUGAGAUAAAAGCGAUGGACAUUCAAGAUUAGAUCGUUUGUUUCCCACUGUGCAGUCAUGUCCCUCUUUUGACAAGCCUACCAAUGCCAGCACUUCCUCCAUCAAUUCUUUCAUCACAUUUGAUUGACAACAUCACAGAAUAUGAUCUAGGAGUCUGAACCAGCUAUUUUCAUGGACACACUCUUCAUAGUGACUAUGGGUAGGGGAGGGAAAAGAAGAGAAAGUGGGAGAAUUAAAGAGGGAGGGAUAAAAUAUAUAUAUAGAUAAAUAUAUAUAUAUAUUAAAAAUCUAUUUUUAGUCUUGAUAGACUUGUUUUAAAUGAAAGGUGCGCUAUCCCUUUUUAUGCAUUAAAUUCCAUUUUUAGGACCCACAUAGGUAUGAAGUUGCUCAUAAACGUGUAUUAACUAGAAGUCAGAAAAGGCCUUUACAAUGUAAUCACUUUUUCUUUCGGAAGGAGUGUUGGAGUUAAUGAGCUUUCUUAAUCAAACUUGUUUCUCUGCUCCAUUUUCCACAAUAGAAGAUCCAGGUUUUAAAAAAUACAAGUUUUUUGUUGCUGGCAAAAUUGUCUGCAGGGAUGAGAGUGGGGAUGAAUGGUUGCUGGGUGCUUGUAUUUGUGUAUGUGUGAAUAGCAUUUUUUUCUUAAAAAAAAGAAAAAAGAAAAACACUAUUUAUUUUUAUUAAGAAAAGAAGCCUGAGAAGCAUCAGAAGACUACUAUGUCAUGUGGUUUGUGAAAUAAAGAGUGUCUUCUACUUGCUUCAUAUUCAGAUACUUUAACCUUAUAUACAUAACUUUGUACCAAAAGGUGGGAGAUUGGGGCCAUU